UUUAUAAAAUAUGUGGGCCUAAAUAAAUUUGCGAUAGUAAAUUUAGAAACGGAACUGAAUUUGUAAACAAAUAUGGCGACUUGCACACAAGACGAAAAUGUUAGCGCUGCUGUGGACGCUGCUGAAUUCAAUUCAAAAAACUUUAGUACACUUAGGGAAACAGAAACUGACAAAACAUUACCACCUUCCAUAAAUUCAACUAAGCCGAUUUGCAUUAUCGUUCUUGGAAUGGCAGGAUCAGGGAAGACCAGUUUUGUUCAGGUAGAUACAACCACCAUUCAUCAAUAAUCAACUCACCUGGCUAAAAAAACUAAAUUGUAGACUAAAGAAAAGGAUUAGAUUAAGCCUAAAGUUAAAUUUACUCUUUCUAGUCUAAAUAUUCUACUUAAUGAAAUGGCUAACAUGCAUACCUUGUUGUAGGUACUUCGAUAUCACACUGGAAACAACAAAAACCGGGUGUUAAUUUUGUGAUUUUGUUAUCUAUUCAAUGAAUAGUAGGGACUUCGGUAAGUCAAGGGAGACUACUACUUUUUGUGUAUGGGAAUUCGCAAUCCGUGCCGAAAAAUCUGAGUUUUUAAUUUUCCGAUGUGUGUGUCUAUUUAUUAUUAAAUUAGUACUUUCGAUAUAUAUUUGAGUUCCGUUUUCGGCCUUAUAAUUAGGUAGACAUCUUGGCCUACAUUUUAAUCAAUUUCUUUUUCAUUUACAAUCAGUCAGCUUUGAGAAAAUCCUUGGUAUAUAUAAGGCAACUUUCAUCAUUAAAAUUAAGUCGAAGGAAAAAAUUUGUCACUACCAAAUUUUUUUUGCAUCUGGGGAAUCUAUUGAUCUACAUGUAUGCCAAUUUUCACAGCGAUAAGUGUCUUACGAGAGACGCUAUGUUUCUGCGCGUUCGCAGCAGGUCAUGCAGCUCGCUCAACCUAAUUUCGUCAUGGGGUGGGCCACGCCCCCUUUGUAAUGGCGGAAGUUGCCGAUACUUAGGAAAUAUUAAUUUAUUACCACUAUCUACAUCAAAAUAAUUGAUAACUUGUGUUUCAGAAUGCAUUUUGAAGACAUUUAAACUGGAAUGUUUUAAUUUGAGCUUUAACAACCCGGUAGAAUCCAUAUUAUAAAUGAUCAGAAUUUACCGUGUGCAACACGUUGUCAUUGGCAACCAUUCACAGCCACUUGCAUAACUGUAUCGUAGUACUACCUCAGAGUUUCAUUCAUAAGAGUUUGCCGUGUGCAAAAACUAUUAAACCAUUGGUCAGGGAAAGCUUUAAUUAAUUAUUCAUGUGCCAAAGUUGAAAGUUUAAACUAAGUCGACCCUAAACAGUAUUUUAGUGAUAAGGCGAUGCGUUGCCUUAUAUAAAGUAUAUAGUCAUUGCCCAUGACCCGAUCAGCGGAAUGAGGUCACAAGAUGUGGAGGUUUCGUCCAUAGUAAAAAAUACCAAACGAACUCACACUUUAAAAAUUCAUAGCUCAAAAAGUACUUAAGCUAAAAAGUUGAUUCUGGUUUCAUUUUUUUAUUUGAAAUUUGCUCUAACUAACUGUGUUAUUUAAAAAAUUAUUUCAAUUUUUUUAAAUUUUGUAUUUAAGUGGCUAUGAAUAGAUACUUCGAUGAAACAUGGGAUACUACUACUUUUUGUGUAUCAGAAAUGGGUGUCGGCGCUGAAAAAUCCGAGUUUUUAAUUUUCCGAUGUGUGUGUCUAUUUAUUAUUAAAUGAGUUAUUUCUACAUAAUACAUAUAUUUGAGUUCCGUUUGCGGCCUUAUAAUUUGGAAGACAUCUUGGCCUACAUUUCCAUACAGUUAUUUUGCUUUUUUCAAUCGACCUUUAUUUUGAAAAUCUUUGGUAUAUACAAGGCAUCUUCGCAUACAAAAUUUUUUGUGAAAUAGUAAGAUAAGGCCCUUUUUGAUUAAAUCUGUUUAAGCAUUAGAAUUUAGAUAUUGAUAUAUCUGUGCCAAUUCUCAUUGAUGUUGGUCGUGUCCAACGUUUGUUACGCUUCUCACAGUGACCCAUAUCACCAUAAGGUGGCUCAGCCUAAUUUUGACAUGGCGUGGGCCACGCCCCCUUUAUAUUGGCGGAAGUUGCAGAUACUUAAGAAAUAUUUCAUUAUUAACACUAUAUACAUCAAAAUAUUUGAUAACUUGUGUUUCAGAAUGCAUUUUGAAGACAUUUAAACUGGAAUGUUUUAAUUUGAGCUUUAAAAACCCUGUAGAGUCCAUAUCAUAAAUGAUCAGAAUUUUCAGUGUGCAACACGUUGUCAUUGGCAACCAUUCACAGCCACCUGCAUAACGUCUAUAUCGUAGUACUAUCUUAGAGUUUUAUUCAUAAGAGUUUGCCGUGUGCAAAAACUAUUAUACCAUUGGUCAGGGAAAGCUUUAAUUAAUUAUUCAUGUGCUAAAGUUUAAAGUUUAAAAUAAGUCGACCCUAAAAAGUACUUAAGUGAUAAGGCGAUGCGUUUCCUUAUAUAAAAUAUAUAGCCAUUGCGCAUAUUUAUACGAAGUGUCUACACAUCCGGCAUGUCAGACAAAUAGUGCGCGUGAUAGUCGUUAUUAUUCCAAACGAAGUGGCUAUUCGGACCCGGAUCCGUUUGCCAAAAUCGCUAUUUGGACCCCACUGAUCACAUGGGGUCCAUUUUCCGUUGAUCAUGUGAUUGGUACACCACGGCAAAAAUGUCCCAUUGGCCUGGUUUUAAGCUAUGCCUAAUAAAGAAGAUCUUGUGUGGUCUUGUGGUAGAGUGGCCGCUUGUGGAUCAAUUCCUUGCAUGGGAUUGUUUUUUUUUUCCACAUUUUAAUUAAAAAUAUUUUAUGUUAUAUUUAUAUUAUCAUGUUCAUCAGCAGUAGUAGUUUUAUGAGAAGUUUUUAAAUAUUUAGUAGCAAUUUAAACAAUUUAAAAUGAAAUCUUUUACUUUUAUUGGUUGCCUACUCCAUACUGGCCCCUAAUUUUUUUUAUGGAUUACUGGUACACAAACUCAAAUAACAAACUAAACAAAAAUGUUUACAAGCCACUUUCACUUAAGUUUUUUUCUAUUAUUUGCAUGCAAGAUACUCAGUACAUUACUUGGUAGAGAAAUAGAUUUAAAAAUUCACAAUAGUUUUGAAUCAUUCGCGGUCAGGUGACAAGGCUGAUGGACAAAAUAUCUCUCGCCACUUUGUUACGGCGGUCAUGUGACUUGGUCGCCAGAUGAAUAUCUCAAUAAAGUAUUCUUCUGGCGGUCAUGUGACUUGGUCGCCGGACAAAUAGUGCAAAUUUUUUGAAUUCCACAUGCUUUAUUCUUUUUUGGAUGAGUUAUAAGUGCAUUACUGAAGGCUAUUUGGAAAAGUAGUUUCGCUGUACUGAUUGUAUUAAACUGCAUUUGCGUAUUAAAAGUAUAUUUUUGUAAAGAAUGUAAAUCUUAUUAAAUGUUAAAAAUACAAAUCUAAAGCUAUAUUUAAUUUUAUAGAAUUUUAGCAAUUUAUAAAGCAAUGUAUUAGAUAUAUGUAUUAAUUUUACUUCUAAGAAGGGGAAAAUAUAUCAUUAGUUUUGUCAGGCACAAAAAUUUUAAAAAAAACUUAGAGCUAUGGCUAAGAUAGGCAAUUGGGCUAUGAGUCAUUUGCGAAAUUAUUAAGAUCAAAUUAAUUUUAUUUUUAUUUCGCAAUACUAACAAUGCACUAAAAUACGCACUAAGAAUAACAUAUGUUUGGGUUUUCCCGAUAAAUGUGAUUAAGCUGCAAUUCUUAGAUCAUAAUAUUUUGAUUAAUACUUUUUUUUUCAUAACUUGUACAUUCGGAUAAAAUGCUUAAAAUAGUUCCUUAGCUGUUACUUUAAAUAUAUUUUUAAUUUAUAAUAAUAAUACUUAAACUUGUGCUAAAAUAAAGCGGAAAUAUAAUAUUUUUUGUGCAUGUAAAUUUAUUCCAUUUCCUAGCCUCAUCCUCCCAGCUUAUUAUUUGUAGGACCCAUUAUUAGUUAAAUAUGAUUUGAUGGUAUUUAUUGAAAAUUUACUCAGCAUAUAUUGUCACGGUCAGAUCGCGUGAGUUCUCUGGAUCAGCUUUUAGGAUGUUAAUUUGACCAAUCGUGGGUGAGUUUCUUUUUCCCGUGUGCCCCACGAGUUUUAUUUUUCUCGGUCAGGUAUGACCGGUGUGCUGUGUCUGGAGGAACCACGUGAUGAUAGAGAGUGUGGAUUGGAUGUGAGGACGUUAGUUUGUUAAGGGAGAUUUUUCUAUGGAUGGCAGAGGACUUCUGUAAAAAUAUUUUUUAUAUUAUGUGCAGCAUUUUUCUGGACACAAAUUUUGUAUUCUGAACACCAGCGGAUGUUUACUAUGCAUUUUUCCACUGUCAGGAAGAUGGAGGCAAUAAAUCAUAUGAACCCUGAAGCUUUGCAUCAUUUGUUUUAAUAAAUACUUGGACUAUUCAGCACAUCAGCUCUGUAGGGGCUAGACAACAGGGGUUCUAGACCCUUGAAAAUUGCUCUGUGGCUAGUACUCAGGGGACCAACCCCUAGACAACGUACGUCACGUCACAUAUAUAUGCUGUGCGACAUUGUGAGAAUUUUUUUAUUUUUCAACCAAUCUUUACAUGUGGGUAUUUUAUUGUUGACUAAAUAUACUGUCUGUGUGAGUAAUAUUUUGUAAAUGGGUUGACACAUUUCGGAAAUAAACUUAUAGAAAUUAUUUUUUUCAUAUCUUUUUCUGUUUGUGCUGUUGUCAAGUAAAUGUUUUUUUAAUUUUAAGUCCAAAUUUUUAAAAAAUAAUUUUAUAGAAAAGUACAGUCCAUUUCCUUGCCGUUGAUAUGCAACACUUUUAGAUUUUAGUUUCACAAUCAUCUUGUUUUUGUUCUGUGUCUCAAAGUGCUUGGAAACCCAUGUAAAUACCUCCAGGAGUCAAAUAGUUAAGAUCUGUUUAAUCUAAUUGUUUUAAGUUACUAUUUUGAAAAAUGAACAAGCUAUCAAAGCAGCUGAUGUGUGUUUUCACUGUUAAAUCACAUUUGAAAUUUGAGUUUGUGUACCCUAAGAAUGGAUUAAUCCAGUGUCUAUUAUUUUAAAGGUGAAAAAUGGUCUUGGAACUCAAACAGGGUUAUGGAGCAGAUUAAGUUUGGAUUCCAAUGUAUCACUGUAUUACGACUAUGCCAAGUUUUGAGACAUAAAAUAUACAAAAUUAUAAUUUAAAAUGCAUUAAGUUACCCAAUCACCACAGACCACCGUUCAAAUGAGUAGUGAUAUAAAUUUAAUUUAUGGAUGUAAAAAAAGUUUUAUCUCCAUUUCGCAGAGAAUCAAUGCACACCUGCAUGCUAAGAAACUUCCACCUUAUGUGAUCAAUCUGGACCCAGCAGUUCUUGAAGUACCUUACCCUGCUAACAUUGGUAAUUGGUUCAAAGUUGAUAUUUUUAGUUAAGCUAUCAUCACAACAUCAGUGGAAAAUAAUCAUUUACUGGUAUCAUUAAAAAUAAUUAUUGAAUGGGGGGUUGGGGGAGAAGGGGUGUAAAGAAGGAAGAGAGAGAGAAAAAAACUAAUAUUUUGUUUCAAACUUCCUUUUUUACAAUCUUUGACACAAAACUCUUGAUUUUUCCAAUUACAAUGUCUUAGUUUGCUUAUUUUGGAGUGUUCUCUCUUAAAAAAUGUUUAAUAUUCUUGAUUUAAAAUUUAAAGCUGACAAUUUUAACUUAAAUAAAGAAGCUUAAGUUUUCCGGGGGGGGGGGGUUGUUACAGGGCAUUCAGUAAAAUUUGCUACAAAUACAUUGACAUUAAGUUAUGGACAGGUCAGCUUUAAGUAGUCAUUUUAGACAUAAAAGCUUUUUACCCUUUCAAACACAUAGAUCUACUUCAUUAUAAUUUGGUUUAGUAAUUGUUUUGAUCUUAUCAUUUAAAAUCUUACCAGAUAUCAGAGACACAGUCAACUACAAAGAGGUGAUGAAACAGUAUCCUUUAAAAAGAAUGCUUAUGGAUAAAAAAAACUGAAUCUCAAUACUCUUUCAUCUUAGUAGAUUAAAGAGCUAAAGACACAAAUAAUUAUAAAUGUUACCUCUUAUUUAUUCACAUUUGAUUAAAAUUUUAUAGCAACCAUCAUUGUUUUAGAUCAGUGGUUCUUAACCUUUUUGGAGGUACCAAACCCCACCAGUUUCAUAUGCGCAUUCACCGAACCCUUCUUAUUUGAAAAAUAAAAUAUGAUUUUUUUUUUGGACCUCCGCCGAACCCCUGAGACUGACUCACCGAACCCCUGGGAAAAGAUCGAACCCAGGUUAAGAACCACUGUUUUAGAUGAAUCAUUUUAAAAUCUAACUUCUUAACAAACGUUUAGUUAUUCUCUUGGUCCAAAUGGGGGCAUCGUAACAUCUCUUAACCUUUUUGCAACACGUUUUGAUCAGGUGAGUCAGUUUUUCUUCUGUGCUCAUUGCUUGGUGUUUGUGAGAUUAAAAUAUUUUAACAAUCAAACAUACAAAGGAGGUCCUUAAGCUUUAUGAAAGACCUUAUCACAGUGCUUCAUUAGUGCAUUCAUAAAGAAUAUCAAGGUGCGACAUAUAGUGCAUUCAUUUAUCAAUAUUGGUAACUCAUUAAUUAAUAUUCUCAUUACAUAUAUAUGCAUUUCAUGAUGGCUUCUUGCAAUGAUUUCUUUUGAAAUUCUUUUUUUAGAGAAUAAACAAUGUUCUAUACAUCAUUUACAGGUGAUGAACUUCAUUGAAUCAAAGUCUUCAGAAUGCAAGUAAGCACUAUGUACCUACAAAAGUUGCCUUACUUUUAUUUUUUUAAUUUUUUUUUUCAAAUUAGAACAUGAAACUUUUUAAUCAGAUUCAAUGUUUUGUAAAGCAAAUAAUACACUUUUUUAGACUAUUUUUUUUUCCUCAAAAUUAAGGUCAAAAGAUAUGAAAAUUCAUUUGUUGCCCCAAUCUAUCAGAAUUUAGCAAUGUGCUGCCCCAGCUGUUAAAAAAUCUGAAUGACCGCCCUUAAAGUCAAUAUUAAUUGUCUCUAAGAGAGUGACGUUUCAUGGCAUAUGAUAGCUGAUUUUUGCACUUGAGAGGAAAAAAAUGAGAUGUUUUGUGUUUAACUAGUUCUAGUUUAAAAAUGUUUGUCUAUCUAUGUUUUGAAAAUGAAUAUGUACAAUGUAGUUUUAAAAAAUUUCCAUUUAUUUGGAUCAAUACAAGAAUCUUAUCAUGUGUCAUAUUUAUUAAAUUUCAGGUAUGUGGUCCUUGAUACACCAGGUCAGAUAGAAGUUUUUACAUGGUCUGCAUCAGGCACAAUUAUAACUGAGUCAUUGGUAUGUUUCUUUAAAGUGGUCCAGGGAAACAUCAUUCCACUCAUUAAAGUCCUAUUUUCAGAAAUAGUGGUCGUUUCUAUACAAGAGUAAUCAUUAUCUAAAUAAUAAUUAUCUGUUUGGGUGCCAUAAAAGAAUUUAAAAACAAUCUUUUUCUAAAAACUAAAUAAUAAGAAACAUCUGUUUAAAAACGUAUGCUUGGAAUCCCAGUCAAAGAUAAGGUUUUAUAAAUUUAUAUAUUAAAGGAAUUUAUUUGUAAAAAAACAAAAAUCAAUUCAGAUUUGAUGUUCCUUCACCUAAUGUUACUAAUGCUCAGAAGCUUGACCACUCUGAUUGAUAUUCUCCCCAGGCAUCCAGCUUUCCUACUGUAAUUGUAUAUGUAAUGGACACUCCCAGAAGUGUGAACCCCGUCACAUUCAUGUCCAACAUGCUGUAUGCCUGCAGCAUACUUUAUAAAACCAAAUUGCCAUUUGUUAUUGUCAUGAAUAAGGUAGGUGAAUAUUUCAGUAAUCUUUCAUAAACCAAAUUGCCAUUUGUUAUUGUCAUGAAUAAGGUUGGUGAAUAUUUCAGUAAUCUUUCAUAUAUAAAUACAAUUUAAAUCCCUUGACAUUCUAUGAAAUUCUCUAACCACUAUUACUUAACUACCUGAUUUUAUAAUAAUGGGAACUGUUUUUGUUUUUUAAUUAUGAUUUUUGUUGUAUGUGUUUUAAAUGAGCACAAAAUAUUUUUUUUUAAAAAGCUACUGCUACGAAAAUUUUAAAUAUAAACUAAAUUUUCAGCUUUUUUUUAAAAUACUGGUAAUAUAAAGUGCAAUUCAUUGAAUAUUUAAUGGAUUAAUGACCAUAUUGGUGUCCCUUGCUGCAACCUACAGCUCAGUUUGUUAAAUCCUUAUUUUAAAGUGAUCAGCUAGAGAUUAUUUUCUUUUUUUAAAGCAUGAAAUACAAAUUAAUAUUGAAAUCGAUAUGAAAUGAAAAUUAGAGCUGCCAUCUUUCCCUCCCAGGUGAUCAAUUGUACUUAGAGCAGUUGAAGUAAAUCAUGCGCCUUUAAUUUUAUUUAUAAAGGACUCCAAACUAUUUUCAAUUUUUUUUAAAGAGUUAAGCUUUUAAAUUAAAGAAAUCAUGACUAAAACAGUCUCCCUCUUCUUCUGUAUGCUUUCAGCCUUCACAAACUUAACAGCCGUUGAAUCUUGUUUUAAUUGUUCAUGUUGCAACUUAUAAUUUAAAACCUGUAUAUUUUCUAUGCUUUUAUAAUUAAAGUAUAUCAACACAUCAAAUGUUAUGUUUGUAGCGCUUGUUGCAAAAUAUUUUAGUAGAAUUAUUUUUUAAAUUGAUCAAUCAUAAAACACCUUGACCUUGACAGAUUGAUAUCAUUAGCCACCACUUUGCCCAGGAGUGGAUGACUGACUUUGAGGUUUUUCAAGAUGCCCUUGACCAUGAAAAGUCAUAUGUUUCCAACCUGACACGGUCUAUGAGCUUGGUGCUUGAUGAGUUUUACAUGACCAUAAAGGUAGCAUACAGGACAGAUAGAAAAAGUUAAAAGGCUUUUGUAACCAAAAUAAUAAAUCCAAUCAGCGUGAAUUGAAUUGAGGCUAUUAAUAUUUUAUAUUCUAUAUUAAUUUCUUACUAGUUGUUUUUUUUCAAAAUCAAUCUCUAGAAUGUUGGAGUUUCAGCAGCCACAGGUGAAGGCCUUGAUGAGUUUUUUGUGAAAAUAGAUGAAGCAGCUGUAGAAUAUGAACAGUGAGUACUUGAAUGGAAAUUAUGUUGUUUUUGGUGAAGUAAAACCUAUAUUCUACUAACCAGUAGACAUUCUUAGUAUUUGUUUAUCACAGCACUGUUACAUUUAUAAUAAUAAAACGAGGUAUGUGGAAGCUUGAAUUAUAGAACAGGACAAAAAGAUACGGACAUUUCAGCAUAAAGCCUUCUUCAGCUAACAAUAGAAAUGACCAUAUCACAAAGCAGAGAGCACGUUUUGCUAUUUCAUUCAUUUGCUAGGCUUGAAUGCAGUCCUUUAAUUUAUAAAUUUAUAAUAACCAUUUAGGCUAGGAACUUGAUGAGGUUAAAAGGCAACUAUUAGAAUUUUGAAACUUUGACUAGGCCCUUACAUUUUUAAAAUGUUUAUCUCACUCCAUCCCUCCCUCAACUGAAAUAUUUAUAAACAGGCUCACUGGCUCGACAAAGACUAGAAGUUCCCUAAUUUGCAAAAAAUAACUUAGAUCUAGAGGACCUGGCCUACUGGUGAAGUGAAGCAACCAAUAUGGCAAGCUUAAUAAAUAGUCUUUCAGUGCUCAAUAUUUAAUCAUGUUAAAGAACUUUGAGAUAGAUUCUUAACAGAGGGAAAGAGAGAUAUGGUGGUUAUAAAAAUUUAGCAUUUAAUAUUCAUCUUGUAAAUGUAUGGAACAUACACUUCAGUGAUGUAUGACAGAACAUUACAACAAAGUAAGAUUCAUAAUGUCCAGUGUCAAUAAGGUAUUAUAUAGCCCAUCACCUAAAGUAAUCUUCAUGAUAGGAAUUUUUUUCUUUCAGGGAAUACAGACCAAUGUAUGAAAAGCUGAGGUCAGCGAAGGCCCUGAAGACAGAGACAGAAAAGCAGAAAAACAGGGAGGCUUUUAAAAAAGACUUAUCUGCAGAUGAGAGACAGCUGGCAUCAAAUGGUGUGUUAUCUUGUAUUUGGAAAUUUAAAGCUGGCAUUUAGAUUGAGUUAGUGCUAAUUUUUUAAAGAAAUUUUGAAAUUAUGAUCAUUAAUUGAUUUAUAUUGUUUUUUUUUAAAUUUACGCCACAAGAAUUCAUUAUAAUGGGAGCUUUGGUAACUUAUGUAAAAACUAUUUUGCCAGAAUAUUUUUACCAAACAUAGGAUGGAAAGUUUAAAGGGAGAGGAUUAUUUAUUGUGUAUGCCCAAAGAAAAUGACUCAGCAUAAUACAUUAAAAAACUGUAAUUGGGAAAUUAUCUUCACUCAUAAAGAAGUAUUGUCUUUGUUAUGCUAGUCUUGCAUAGAAUGGUAUGGGAUUAUUACUUUUAUUAUUGAUACUAAUGACAUGAGUUCAGCAUGUUGGUCUCUUUCCUGGAACUCAGCGCAUCUAAUGUAGUUCUAUUAAAAAAAAUUAAUGUGGCCCAGUGACGACAAUUAAGUACGUCAAUGUGAAUGUUUUAUACAAAGCCUUUCUGGAUACUAUUUUAUCUUUUCACUGUGAUUCUUUCAUGCAUUUCAGAGCUUCUGGGUUCAGUUUCAAAUAGAAUUUCAAUCCAGCCUCUGGGAGACGAUGAUAGUGAAGAUGAGUUUGUCCAGCCUCAAUAUGCAGGUAAAUCAAAUAAAUCAAUUUCCAACUGUCUGUCUUUAUUCUGAGAAGUACUCAGUGUGUUGCAUGCAGCCCACAAAAAAUGAAACUUGUACUUACAAUAUGUUUUCAGUAUAUACUCAGCUGUGUCAUGAAGAUUUUUGAAACUAAUUAGUAUGAAGCUCUAUAGUUAACACAGCCUUGCUUGCCUACAGUAUAAACAAGAUUGAUCUUGAGGAUUUCUGGAUGGUUUGAAUUUGAUGGAAAAUGGUAGAGAUUUAGUAGGUGGUCUUGAAACUCAUGAAUUUGCAUUUUCACUGUAUGAUUGUGAACUUUUUGUGAUUAAGAAAUUCCAAAUUGAUAAGUUUUUUUUGUUAUUUUCAGAUGAAGAAAAGGACCCAGAAGAAGAUUCUUUUAAGCGUUAUUUAGAUGCAAGGAGACAACAGCAAACCAAAAAAGUUGUGAACAAAAAGUCUUAGUCGAUUUCUUAAAGAGUGACUGGGAUUGAGAAGAACGUGUGUGAGAGAACUGGUAUGCUGGGAAAUAUUUUAUGUACAUAUUGAAAAUUAUUUGCCUUGUGUAUUUUCAUGAAUGUCAAUUAAAAAAAAAAAUGUGUAUUUAAAAUUGCUUUUUUUUAAAAUAUGUAAUUAAAAAAAAUUUUAAAAUUUAAAAUGGUAUUUAUUCUCAACAAAAUAGAAAUAGCAAAUAGCAAUCACUUGUUUUAAUUUCCAAAGUAA